AUGCUACAGGCAAAAUUUCUGUCCCAGGAUCAAAUUAAUGAGUUCAAGGAAUGUUUUUCCCUGUACGACAAGAAACAAAAAGGCAAGAUAAAAGCCUCCGACCUGAUGGCAGUGAUGCGGUGCCUGGGAGCCAGCCCGACGCCGGGAGAGGUGCAGAGACACCUGCACUUGCACAAGAUCGACAGAAAUGCUGAGCUGGAUUUCUCCACUUUCCUGAAUAUCAUGUACAGGCAGACGAAGCAGGAGGAACCCGAGACGGAAAUCCUCACGGCCUUGUCCAUGAUAGACAGGCAGAAGAAAGGCGUUAUCACCGUUUCGGAGCUGAGAGCCAAGCUUACAAGACUGGGAGAAAAGCUUUCCGAGGAAGAAGUUGAUGACCUGUUAAAAGAAGCCAAAGUUGGACCAAAUGGAACGAUAAAAUACGAAGAAUUUGUCCGCAUCAUUUGUCUUCCUACUGCUGACUACUGA